GAAAAAAUAAUAAAAAUAAAAAUGCCCCUCGCUCGCGUGACUGUGAGGAAGCCCCCCUGCGUGCACCUUUAAGGCGAUGGGAGGAAGACGCCGCAGAGAGGAAGGCGCCGCUUCAUCCCGCACUUGCGUGAGGCGGAGCAGGUCUUAGUGCGCAGUUUUGUGUGUGUGCGGCGUGGGGGAAGAUGCGUGUGCUUGUUGCUCGCCGGACGGAGAGAGGUGCACCAGGCAGGAUGACUUCCCAGCUCUGCUAACAAUCACCCGCACUUUUACGCACAUUUCGCUCUCCUUUAUUUUUAAUUUUUUCACUUCAGCCACUUUCCUCACCUUUUAUGCGCCAGCGGAACCUUCUUACCUGGACCGGGGCUGCCUCAUGUUCAAGGCCGGGCAAAGGUCCGACACGGGCGGACGCGCGCGCGGGUCCACGUUCGAACGGCGAUACUUGUGGAUCUUCUACAGAUAAAAAAAACAACAACACACACACACACACACAAACACACACACACUCGCUUUUGCCCGCCGCAGCACAACACACACACGCAAAGCUGCAGGAAGAAGGAGAAGAAGAGCCGAACAUCCUCCUCUUCUUCAUCUUCUCCUGCGGGGAUUUAGUAGAGAGACGCGCGCACGUCCUUCGUGUCGGCUCGCCAAUGACUUGUUGAAGAAAUACACGCAAUUGGAAGAAGACAGGGUGGAGAAAAGCAGGGAAAAAAAAAAGCCUAAGCGUGGAUAUAGAAAGGAGCGGGGCAUGUGGAUAUUGGCUCUUAUCUUUUCCCAGUGCAUCUUGAAUGUUCUCUGUGAAGAUCUACGUUCCAGCUUGUAUUUUGUCAAUGCAUCUGUGCAAGAGGUAGUGUUUGCCAGCACCACAGGGACGUCGGUGCCCUGCCCCGCCGCAGGCGUGCCACCUGUCUCACUGCGCUGGUACCUGGCCACCGGUGAGGAGAUCUAUGAUGUGCCAGGGAUUCGCCAUGUGCACUCCAAUGGCACCCUCCAGAUCUUCCACAUCCCUCCUUCCAGCUUCAGCAAACUCAUCCACGACAGCACCUACUAUUGCACAGCGGAGAACCCCUCAGGGAGAAUCAGGAGCCAGGAUGUCCACAUUAAGGCUGUCCUACGAGAACCCUACACUGUUCGGGUGGAGGACCAAAAAGCCAUGAGAGGCAAUGUGGCGGUCUUCAAGUGCAUUAUACCUGCCUCAGUGGAGGCUUACAUCACUGUUGUGUCCUGGGAGAAGGACACAAUGUCAAUCAACGCUGAAAUGUCACGGUUUCUUAUCACAUCCACGGGAGCCCUUUACAUCCUAGACGUCCAAAUGGAGGAUGGGCUGUACAACUACAGGUGUAUGACACGCCAUCGGUACACAGGAGAGACCCGACAAAGCAAUAGUGCCCGCCUUAUUGUCUCAGAUCCCACAAACUCAGCACCACACAUCCUGGACAGCUUUGAACGCCGCGAGGUGAUGGCUUCUCAUCGGGUGGAGUUGCCUUGCAAAGCCUCAGGUCACCCGGCGCCCAAGUACCGCUGGCUGAAGGACAACCGACCCCUGGAGCCCGACACACGGUACCGACAGAGUGUGACGGGGUUGCUCAUUGAGAGAACACAACCCAGCGACACGGGCGCGUAUGUGUGUGAGGUGUGGAAUGGCUACGGCAAUGCUGAGGUGGUUGGCAGGCUUCUUGUGAAAGAGACCCUGAAAGUUGUGGUGAGCCCUCGAAAGGUGAAGGGCAGCGUUGGCAGCCAGGUUUCACUCACUUGCGGUGUAACUGGCUCUGAAGAGUACCAGUUGUCUUGGUAUCGCAACGGUGAGCUCAUCUACCCCAGUAACAGCGUCCGGAUGACGGGUCAAAACAGGGAAAACCUCGUUAUGGCUGGGAUGGCCAAAAGCGACGGAGGAGCAUAUCAAUGCUUUGCCAGACAUGGGAAGAUGUCAGCCCAGGACUUUGUUCAGGUCAUCUUGGAAGACGGUACACCAAAGAUUCUGGCAUCAUUUAGCGAGAAGGUCUACAACAUCAAUGAGUUUGUAUCGCUGUCAUGCACUGUGAAGGGCACACCGGAGCCCAGGGUGACCUGGACACUUGAUGACGAGCCAGUAAUACGGGACAGCCGCCAUCGGAUUUCCUACUACACCAACACCGAAGGUCACGUUGUCAGCCAUCUCAACAUCAGCCAGACCCAGGUCCCGGAUGGAGGGGUUUAUCGCUGCAUCUGCAACAAUUCAGCAGGGGCCAUUUCCUACCAGGCGCGAAUAAACGUAAGAGGGCCUGCCAGCAUCAGACCGAUGAAAAACCUCACUGCUAUCGCUGGGCGGGACAUGUACAUCCACUGUCGUGUCAUCGGCUACCCUUACUACUCAAUCAAGUGGUACAAGGACUCCAAUUUGCUGCCGUACAACCACCGGCAGCGGGCAUUUGAGAACAACGGCACCCUGAAGCUUUUCGACGUGCAGAAGGACGUGGAUGAAGGAGAAUACACGUGCAAUGUGCUCGUGCAGCCCCAGUUGUCCACACAUCAGAGCGUCUACGUCACUGUGAAAGUCCCACCGACCAUCCAUCCAUUUGAGUUCCCUCGCUUUUCCAUCGGCCAGAGAGUCUUCAUCCCCUGCGUGGUUAUGUCUGGUGACCAACCAGUCUUCAUCACCUGGCAGAAGGACAGGCGGCCGAUACCAGCCAGCCUCGGCGUCACUAUUGACAACAUCGACUUUACCAGCUCUCUGCGGAUCUCCAAUCUCACUCUGAUGCACAACGGCAACUACACAUGCAUCGCACGCAACCAAGCUGCAGCCGUGGAGCAUCAAAGUCAGCUCAUUGUCCGAGUUCCUCCUAAAUUUGUGGUGCAACCAAAGGACCAAGAUGGCAUUUAUGGCAAAGCUGUGAUUCUGAACUGCUCAGCUGAAGGCUAUCCUGUUCCUACCAUCCAAUGGGAGUACUCCAAAGGUGCCGGGGUCCCUCAGUUCAAACCCAUUGCCCUCAACUCAGGCUUUCGGAUUGAGGUGCUGGUCAAUGGCUCCUUGCUCAUCAAACAUGUGCUGGAAGAAGACAGUGGAUUCUACCUUUGUCGAGUCAGCAACGACGUUGGGGCUGAUGUCAGCAAGUCUAUGUACCUUAAUGUUAAAAUUCCUGCCAUGAUCACAUCCUACCCCAACACUACACUGGCCACACAAGGUGAGGAGAAGAAAAUGAGCUGCACGGCCCACGGUGAGAAGCCUAUCAUGGUGCGCUGGGAGAAAGAAGAACGCAUCAUCAACCCUGAGACCAGUCGCUACGUAGUUACAGUCAAGGAAGUGGGCGAUGAAGUCAUCUCCACCCUGCAGAUCAUGCCCACAGUGAGAGAGGACUCCGGAUUCUUUUCCUGCCAUGCCAUCAACUCCUUUGGAGAAGACAGAGGGAUCAUUCAGCUCACAGUUCAAGAACCCCCAGACCCACCAGAGGUGGAGAUCAGAGAAGUGAAAGACAGAACCAUUGCCCUGCGCUGGACCAUGGGAUUUGAUGGCAACAGCCCAAUCACAGGCUUCGAUAUCGAAAGCAAGAACAAAUCAGCCUCCUGGGACACCGCUCAGAAGACCAAAGAUGUCUCACCUCAGCUCAACCAGGCCACAAUCAUCGACCUCCACCCCUCCUCCACCUACAACAUCCGUAUGUUCGCUAAGAACCUCAUCGGGAAGAGUGAGGCCAGUAACGAGCUCACCAUCACCACUGAUGAAGCAGCUCCUGACGGACCACCUCAGGAUGUGCAGCUUGAAGCCUUCUCCUCUCAGAGCAUCAAAGUUUCUUGGAGGGCACCCAAGAAGCACCUCCAGAAUGGAGCAAUCAAAGGCUACCAGGUGGGCUACAGGGAGUACAGUUCAGGUGGAAACUACCAGUUCAGCGUCAUCAGCGUGGAAACAACAGGGGACAAUGCAGAAAGCCUGGUACUGGACAACCUCAAAAAGUUUACCCAGUACGGGGUUGUGGUGCAGGCUAGCAACAGUGCAGGGACUGGGCCCUCUUCGACAGAGGUGGCUGCCACCACACUGGAGGAUGUACCAAGUCGUCCUCCAGAGAACGUCCAAGCCAUGGCUACGUUUCCAGAGGUUAUUUCCCUGUCCUGGCUGACCCCACCUAAGGAUGCACUGAACGGAAACCUUCUGGGUUUCAGAGUUAUUUACUGGGCCAACCUGCCUGAUGGAGAGCUGGGUGAGAUCAGUAAUGUCACAACUUCCAAGCCCUCACUGGAGCUGGACGGCCUGGAGAAAUACACCAACUACAGCAUCCAGGUGUUAGCCUUCACCCGAGCAGGCGACGGUGUCCGCAGUGAACAGAUUUAUAUCCGCACCAAGGAGGACGUUCCUGGUCCUCCGGGCGGUGUAAAGGCGGCAGCUGCUUCCAACUCAGUUGUGUUUGUGUCCUGGCUUCCUCCUGUCAAAGUGAACGGCAUCAUCAGAAAAUACACAGUUUUCUGCUCCAACCCACAUCCCACGGUCAGCAGUGAGUUUGAGGCAGCCCCGGAUGUGUUCUUCUACCGGAUCCCCAACCUGAGCCGUAACCGACAAUACAGCAUUUGGGUGGUUGCCGUCACGGCUGCAGGCCGUGGAAACGCCAGCGAGAUCAUCACUGUUAAACCCAUGGCAGAAGCUCCAGCACGCAUCCUGACCUUCAACAGGACAGUGACGACACCCUGGAUGAGAGACAUUGUGUUACCUUGCAAGGCAGUGGGCGAUCCGUCUCCAACAAUCAAGUGGCUGAAGGAGAUAAACGGAACCCCCGCACCUGUCGUGAUUGACAGCCGGCGCAGUGUCCAUGGCAACGGCAGCCUCGUUAUUCGCACAGUAAAAGCGGAGGACUCUGGGAACUACACCUGUGUGGCCAGUAAUAGCUUUGGCUCCGAUAUGAUCGUCCUCAACCUGCAGGUUCAAGUUCCACCUGACCAGCCUCGCCUCACAGUGACCAAGACCACCACAACAUCCAUCACACUGUCCUGGAUACCUGGAGACAACGGCGGCAGCUCUAUCAGAGGUUACAUUUUGCAAUAUUCGGAGGACAACAGCGAGCAGUGGGGAAACUUCGCCAUCAGUCCAAGUGAGCGUGCAUAUCGGCUCGAGAACCUCAAGUGUGGCACCUGGUACAAGUUCACACUCACAGCCCAAAAUGCUGUGGGGCCCGGACGCAUCAGUGAAAUCAUUGAAGCGAAGACCCAUGGCAAAGAACCUCAGUACUCCAAAGAACAGGAACUCUUCACCAGCAUCAACGCCACCCGAGUCAAGCUCAACCUGAGCGGCUGGAACAACGGCGGAUGUCCAAUCACUUCUUUCACGCUGGAGUAUCGUCCCAUGGACUCGCCUUCAUGGACCACGGCGCAGCGCACCUCCCUCACCAAAAGCUACGUCCUGUAUGACCUGCAGGAGGCCACCUGGUAUGAGCUGCAGAUGAAAAUCUACAACAGCGCCGGCUACGCUGAGAAGAGGAUCAAGUUUGCGACGCUCAGCUACGACGGCAGUACCAUUGCCCCGCUAGUUAAGGCCCCUAACAUAAGCGAGGACACGUCCGGUGGCAGCGAAGGUUUGAAAAUGAUGGUGACCAUUUCUUGUGUGUUGGUGGGGAUCGUCGUCAUCUUUAUCGGCCUGCUGGUGCUGCGGAGGAGGAGGCGUGAGCAGAGGCUAAAGAGACUACGAGAUGCAAAAAGUUUGGCUGAGAUGCUAAUGAGUAAAAACACACGUCCGGCCGAGCCAGUCAACAAGCAGCAGCAAACGCUGCGAAUGCACAUCGACAUUCCCAGAGCUCAGCUUCUAAUCGAGGAGAGAGACACCAUGGAGACUGUUGACGACAGGUCUACUGUGUUACUGACCGACAACGACUUUGGGGAAACCCAGAAGCAGAAGUCCUCCACAGUCACCCACACGGUUCACUACCAGUCCCUCUCCCAGGCCACCGGUCCUCUGGUCGACGUGUCCGACGCCAGACCAGGAACCAGUAAGUCCAACCCGACUGCCCGCCGUACAGCCAAAGCUGGCCCGGCUGCCCGCAACCGCUACGCCAGCCAGUGGACCCUAAACCGCCCACAUCCCCCCGUUUCUUCCCACACGCUCAGCACUGACUGGAGGCUGCCCACGCCCAGAGUGGCGGGCUCUGUGGACAAGGAGAGUGACAGCUACAGCGUCAGCCCAUCUCAGGACACAGACCGUGCGCGCAGCAGCAUGGUGUCGACGGAAAGCGCCUCCUCCACUUACGAAGAGCUGGCCAGAGCCUACGAGCACGCCAAGAUGGAGGAGCAGCUGCGCCACGCCAAGUUCACCAUCACUGAAUGCUUCAUCUCCGACACCUCCUCGGAGCAGAUGACCGCCGGCACCAACGACUACACCGACAGCCUGACGUCCAGCACGCCGUCCGAAUCGGGCAUCUGCCGCUUUACCGCUUCGCCACCCAAGCCUCAGGACGUCAGUCGGGUCAUGAACAUGGCGGUGCCCAAAGCCCACAGACCAGGGGGCGAGUUGGUGCACCUUCCUCCCUACCUGCGCAUGGACUUCCUGUUAAACCGAGGCAUGUCCUGCUCAGGCUCAUCCAGAGGGGCGGCCAGCGGGGAGAGGGCGGCCAUGGGCCAGGCCUGCCUGGAGCCGCAGAAGAGUCGCUCGCUGAAGCGGCCCUCCCGCAUGGCGCCCCCGACGCCAUCGGAGGCCCCUCAGGCCAGCAGGGACCCCGCCGCCCAGUGGCAGCCCGGCACGGCCGCCACGCUCCCACACAGGGAGGGGUCGGAGUUGGCCCAGGCCGCCAAGCUCAGCACUUCGCAGGAGUCUCUGCUGGACUCACGUGGACAUCUCAAACAGAGCAGCAACCCCUACGCAAAGUCCUACACGCUUGUAUAACAGCAGGGGGUCCGGGACUCGAACUCACUUUCACGCUGGACUUAACACUCAAGUGCAGUAAAGGGACUCAACACGCAGUUCUGUAAAUACGCCCUCUGAGGUCGGGGUCACUUUUACUAACCUACUUUUAUUUAUUUUACGUUUUUUUGUUGGGUUUUUUUACACAUAAGUAAACAAGCAAAACGACUGCAGCCAAACAAAUUGAGAAAAAGAUGGGAUAUUAUUUGUUCAUUCUUUUUAUAGAAUUCAUGAGUGAUUAUUAAUAUUAACAACAAAAUUAGUUAAUAAUCACUAAUUAUGGAUGGUUCUAUUAUCUAGCUUGUUUUGAUAAGAACUCAGACUUCUGUUUGUUUUUUUCUUCAAUGGAAGAUGGAAUAUAAAGAAAUUGACAUCU